AUGUCUACCGAUGGCGCCAUCGUCGCGACUCGUGCCGUCUCGUGCCCCUCGGCGCCCAAUUCCGCCUCCACUUCUCCUCAUCAGCGUGCCAAAUUCCUCUGCAGUUACGGCGGGAAGAUCCUUCCCCGCCCCUCCGACGGCCAGCUCAAGUAUGUCGGCGGCGAAACGCGCGUCGUCUCCGUGCCUCGAGACAUUACUUAUCAAGAAUUCAUCAACAAGCUAACUUCCAUGGUUAAUGGAGAAAUGGUACUCAAGUACCAGGUAAUGUCCGAGGACUUGGACGCCUUAGUGUCCGUAAAAUCCGACGAGGAUCUUUGCCACAUGCUUGAAGAAAUCAACCGCUACGACAGCGCAGGAGGCCCCCGACUGCGAGCCUUCCUCUUCCCUCUGAAACCGGUCGUGAUGGAAAGCAACAGCCUGUCUACAACAGUCGAGCCCCAGCAACGCUACAUCGAUUCCAUCAACGGCAUAAUCCACCACAUCCCAAGCCAUAUCACGAAGCCGCACCCUACACUCAGCUCCGUGCAAUGCAGCUCUUUGGCGUCGUCUGCCUGCACAUCCCCCAGGUCACCGGACAGCUACAAUUCAGAGGCAACAAAUGGCGAGUUAUUGCCCCCAACUGCCCACAACAGAAAUGGAAGAACGGGAAUGCAGAGGGUCCGGAGUUCGCCUAGCAUAUCUAGUCUCGGCGCCCAGUCGCAGCAACACGGCAGCAUCCACCCUGCUCAAUCUCCCUACCACCAUCACUACAGGCAGGGGCAGAACUUCGCCAGCUACCAAAUGCCGAUGCCCAAACCCCCCAUCGACGCCCAUAAGAGCAUUGCGCCGGAUAGGCUUUUUCCCAUCAGAUCAGUCGGGAGAGCUGAAGGACUAAAAUACCAAGUCGACCCUGUCCCUCCUCAUCACUACUACGCUUUCAGGCAGAGCCGCGGGAACGGGGUGUACACUAAAUGCACGCCGUAUGAUGAUUUUACAGAGAGGAGGAGACCUAGAAGCCUUGCCGGGAGCCCUAAUUUGAGCCCCCGGUAUGGGCAGAGUGGAAUGAAGGCUUGGGAUAGCAUGAGCAUGCCGGGAAGGGAGAUGUAAGCGACUCGGGGAAGAACAACCGUUAAAGGAUCGAUUCUAUGUACAGACUGAUGAAUCGGGCUGGGAAGGCUGCAUGCUCUAUCUACUGUCUUGUCUAGUUCGUGUUAAAGUAAGGUUACUUGGUGUUCUAGAUAUCUUUUUUUUCUUACAUUAAACUCUAUAGACUUUUGAAACACACUUUACUCAGAUCUAUCAUAUGCUCUGAAGAUCAAAUGCUGUUUUUGAUCUG